AUGCCUCGCGGACCUAAGAAGCACCAGAAGCGCCUUAGCGCGCCUUCUCACUGGCUCCUGGACAAGAUGUCCGGAACCUACGCUCCCAAGGCCUCCCCCGGUCCUCACAAGCUCCGGGACUGCCUGCCCCUGAUCGUCUUCAUCCGCAACCGUCUCAAGUACGCCCUGAACGGCCGUGAGACCAAGGCGAUCCUCAUGCAGCGUCUCAUCAAGGUCGACGGCAAGGUCCGCACCGACCCUACCUACCCCGCUGGUUUCAUGGACGUCAUCGGCGUCGAGAAGACCGGCGAGAACUUCCGUCUUAUCUACGACACCAAGGGUCGCUUCACCGUCCACCGCAUCCAGGCUGAGGAGGCUGAGUACAAGCUCUGCAAGGUCAAGCGUGUUCAGCUCGGCAAGGGCGGGAUCCCAUUCUUGGUUACGCACGAUGCGAGAACCAUCCGCUACCCCGACCCCGCCAUCAAGGUCAACGACACCGUGAAGGUUGAGGUUGCCACUGGCAAGAUCGCCGACUUCGUCAAGUUCGACACUGGUGUUGUCGCCAUGGUCACCGGUGGACGUAACAUGGGUCGUGUCGGUGUCGUCACCCACCGUGAGCGCCACGAUGGUGGUUUCAACAUCGUCCACAUCAAGGACGCCAUUGACAACACCUUCGCUACCCGUGAGUCCAACGUCUUCGUCAUCGGUCAGGACAAGCCCUGGAUCUCCCUGCCCAAGGGCAAGGGUGUCAAGCUCUCCAUCGCUGAGGAGCGUGACCGCCGCCGUGCCCUCCAGUAG